GACAGUGCCUGUGGCAAAGACUAACUCAGGAUAGCAAAACCUGCAACCGAGGGCGUGGGUCUCCCUAACGGUGGCUGUUCCACCAUUGCAAGCGAAAGGUUAAAUUGUUGAAAUGAUCCAUGGUCAUGUUAGGGCUUCAGAUGGUACUCAGCUCCACUGCGGUGGGUCGCCCCAUUGCCAACUCCACCGGGAACCAUUGUUCUGGCAUCCGAUUGAUUCGCUGAGUGCCGUCAUUAUUCAUUCCCUGCAUGCCUCGUUUUGGUCCAUCAUCCUGUUUGGGUAUAUGAUCGGCGUUUUAAUGCUGAUCCUCCAGUGUCCCUCGUGCCGUGCACCCCAUCCCCUCUCUAGAAGAGAACUCUAAAGAGAAAGGGAAACAGGCCAUAUGAAAAAUUCGGAUAGGGGUAAUGAUAAGAAUAGAAUCCAUCCCAACUCUCGAUCGCAUGGACCAGGU